AUGAUCAACAGUUGCUCUUCAGGGGAAAAGGAACUUUGCACAAUUAAAGUAGACUUCUUCAAAGCCUUUGAUUGUGUUAAUUGGAGUUUUCUCUUAUCUCUCCUCAAAGCCAGAGGAUUCAGCCCCAGAUGGUACCACUGGAUCUCCCACAUCCUUUCCUCCUCUAAAUCUAUAGUUCUUGUCAAUGGUUCUCCAUCUUCCUUUUUUCAAUGUCACCGUGGUCUCAAACAGGGAGACCCCCUCUCGCCUAUGCUCUUUCUGUUGGUGGUGGAUGUGCUCAAUAAGAUGAUCUCCGCCAGCUUCUCUGCUGGUGAUCUUCCUAAUCUUAAUCUCAAAGGAGAGUUUAACUCUAUUAGGUCUCUCCAAUUUGCUGAUGACACACUAAUUUUCUGUAAAGCUGACAACAAAGAUAUUUUUACCCUUAAAUCUAUCUUGUUUAUGUUUGGUAGCAUCUCUGGUCUCCAUAUUAACCCAUCUAAAUCCACCCUCUUCUACCUUGGAAAAGUUCCUAGCAGAGGUGUUCAUUUGGCUAACAAACUCAACUGCUCUAACGGCUCUCUUCCUUUCUUUUAUCUUGGUUUUCCUCUCAAAAAAGACUCUUUGUCUAGAAGGGAAUAG